AUGGGGCAAAUCAAUGAUUUCCUAGUGCUUGAUAUUAUCAACAAUCUUCCUCUAACCUUUCACUCGGCAAAAGAUUUACGAGGUCGAGCUGAAUCAUUACCUAGCGGUCCAUGUUGGAAGUCUCAAGUUAUUCCUAUGUCACACCCCACAAAGUCUCCAGCAGUUCUCUACUGGCAGGAUCCACUUGAAUGCAUCGCUUCUCUAUUCAACCAUCCUUUAUUUCACAAUCGCAUAGACUACAUGGCUCACAAGGUGUAUAACACAGCGGAGAAGCUCUCUCGGACAUAUACCGAAUGGAUGACAGGCGAACAUGCCUGGGAGAUGCAGUCUGUGCUUCCCCAUGGCACAACUCUCCUUGGUACUAUUCUAUCCUCGGACAAGACAUGCAUUACUGCAUUGUCAGGCGACCGUGUUGCGCAUCCUCUCCUUAUCAGCCUCACCAACAUUCAUAUGGACAUACACCUAAAAUCAUCUUCAAAUGCCUUCCUUCUUGCUGCCUUACUUCCAGUCCCAAAAUUCAUCCACAAAAAUAAAUGA